AUGUCGGCCGUGAGUCCUAACGUUAGCGAUGACCGAGGCUGGCUCGAGACCGACGUGGUUUGGGUCACCGGCGUUGAUGUCGCGCUGCGAGGACUCGUGCUGCUUCAGCAUUUUGUCACGAGUGUCUACUUUGCUGCUCUCGCACUCCUGCACUACAUUGCGGCGCCAACCGAAACCGUGCUACUUGGCGGCGCCUACAUGAAGCUCUCCGCAUACGUCUUUGGACUCGUCGCGCUCUUGCACGCUAGCUCGCUCGCCUGCAGCUGCGUGAUUCCCGUCUCGUUGCGCUGCUACGCGCCAACAACCCGCGUCGUCACUUUGGCGCCAAAUAACAAGAAACGCCCCCCCAUCGUGCUCUCAGCCAACGCCCGCAUCGCACUCGCCCACUUGGUCGAGGUUGCGUGCGAGACGUACGUGGCCUCCACCAUGGCGCACAGCAUCUGCGCGUGCGUCUACUUUCGGUUUCGCUGCGCGUCCCAAGGCAUUCCGGCCUCGUCGCACGUCGAUGACUACAUUCGGGCAGAGACCCUUGGCGACAACCUGGCUUUUCUCCACAUCCAAGACUGCGACGUGCCCCGGGGUUUGGAGAAUAAGACGCUGGCGCAGUUUCCGAGUUUGUUUGGGCUUCGUCUCGAGCGGACGCAGCUGCAGACGUGGGAUGUGCCGAGCGCCGUGUUUCCGUCGCUGAAGCGCAUUGACAUUCUGUACAGUGCUCUGACAACAGUGCCAAAGUUUCUUUCCGAGUCGGGGCCAGAUCUGCGAUGGGUAUACAUUAUCGGGUCCAACAUCUCGUCGCUCCCGGAUGAGGUGGCUGUGACGUGGCAGUCGCUGUUUACGUUGUGGCUUCACGAGUGCAACUUGACGCAGGUCCCAGCACCGGUGACGCGUUUGGAGAACCUUCAGUCCCUUGGGCUCACGUCCAAUGCGAUAUCGACGAUACCUGCGAUGGCCUCAGUGACCAAUCGUCAGCUCUCGUGGGUGUACCUUGAAUUCAACCAGCUAUCAGAGGUGCCGUGGCAACUGCUCAAGGACAACCCAGCGAUCGAGCUCUACCUCAGCGGCAACCCAAUUGCAUCACUGACCAACGUAUCCAACAUUGUCGACGUCUCGGGGUCGCCGUACUGCACCUCGGAGUCGACGCCGAGAAUCUGCUCGACGCUCUGCGCACCGCGCUGCUCAGCGAUGCUCCAAAACAAUUUUUUAUGCCAACGCGAGUGCAACACAUCUGCUUGUGGGUUCAAUGCCGGUAGUUGCCUUUCGAAAUUCUAGACAAUAAUGGUUCAAGUAUAUCAUAAAUAAAUGUUGUGGAUAACUCUC